GCCUUUUCUAGAGCCGCUCCUGCGGCACAUGGAGGUUCCCAAGCUAGGGGUCUAAUCAGAGCUGUAGCUGCUGGCCUACGGAGAGCCACAGCAACGUGGGAUCCAAGCCGUGUCUGCGACCCACACCACAGCUCAUGGCAACGCCAGAUUCUUAACCCACUGAGCAAGGCCAGGGAUCGAAACCACAACCUCAUGAUUCCUAGUUGGAUUCGUUAACCACUGCGCCACGACGGGAACUCCUCUUUUUUUUUUAAUCUUUUUAUGGCUGCUCCCGGCUGAUGGAAGUUCCCAAGCUAGGGUCAAAUCGGAGCAUAGCUGCUGGCCUACACCACAGCCACAGCAACACAGGACUCAAGCCUCGUCUUCAACCUACACUGAGCUCAUGGCAACACCUGAGAGAGGCCAGGGAUUGAACCUAUGUCCUCAUGGAUGCUGGUCAGAUUUGUUUCUGCUGAGCCAGGACAAGAACUCCUGGGCUUUAUUGAAUUCCCUAGCCCAGCAGCUGGCUCGUGGUAAACAGUCACACUUUCCUGAACAAAUGGAUGGAUGGAGGAGCAUAACAGAGAGCUGUGAGAUCUCAGCUGCUGACAGGGUUGCAUCCUGGUGUUCUUUUUCUGGGCCAAAGGGUUGUUUGUUUCCACCUCUCUAUCCCUUUUAAAGACUGCCUCACCAGCUGAAAGCACACAAUGGAACAGUGCGCCUUUCAGCAAAUAGAGUGAGCAAUGGAAAAUGCAAAGCAUCAACCCUGAAUGCAAGCGAUGGCCUACUGAAAGCAGUUCCAAAUGAAGAGAAACUGCUUAUUUUCACUGAACUGGAUUGCAGUCCUCUAGGAAGGAUUGUUCGGCUCCAUUUCUGGGUGUCGGUGUUGGUGUUGAUAAAGCUACUGCACCAAGGCUCAGCACGCCCCCUGUUGGAUUUGGCUGGCAUUUAGUAAGAAGAAGAAAAGGAAAGAAAUACUGAUGCAAAUACGUGUUGGACAUAGGCAUGCAGGGGUAGGGCCCUUUCCGUGAAAUUGUCUGUUAAAGAGGCAUCAGAUGAGUCAGAGACAUAGCCACUAGACUAUCCCUGGGACAUAAUUUGACUCAUCCAUAAAUACGGACAUUCCUUUUUGAAGAAGAGAAAUACUUUCCUGAUGAGAAAAUCAGAAUGGCAUGGACUUGAUUCCUUUUAGGAAACAUGCAACCAAAACAAAACAAAACAAACAAAAAACAAAUCAAGCACUAAAACUCCUCUUCAGCAGCUCUCCUACACCAAGUGAGGUUUAAAUUGUAAUCUGUAUAUGUCCAUUGAUAGAGAACUGGUUAAAUAAGUAGAGUACCUCCCUAUACCAGAAAACAAGGCGGCUCUAUAUAUACUGAGAUAGAAUAACCUCCAAGAUGUAUUGGUAAUUGACAAAAAGCAUAGUGUAGUGCUUUUAUAUACAUGAUGUGCAGAGACUUGGUUUAGAAGUUACACAAGAAAACAGUAGCAAUUGUUGUCUCCUGAGUCAGAAAUUAAUUUGCUGCAGACAGAAGUAGAAAGAAAACAUCUUUUGCUAUAUUUCUAUUUGCAAUUUGUACCUUACAUGUCACCUGUGAAAACAACCUAAUCAAGUUAUAAAAGUCAGAACCUUAUGAACAUCCAGUACAUUUCUCGACUGUCACACUUUUUUUUCCUUAGAAGUCUUAUCAAUCCUCAAUGGAAGAAACUUAAAAUGUUAUAACACAUUUUCUCUCAAAUUCUAAAAUAAAUUGCUAAUUUGUCAGUUCCAGCAUAUAAAUACCAGUGGCUUUAUGUACCAGUUCACGCUCUUCGAGAUUCAAGAAAGCCACUUGUUUCUGUGGAAACAGCUAUGAAGUGUCAGGGGAAAUAUCUUGUUCAAUAGUUGUUGGGGCUACCCCAGACAAUCCCAGCCUAUCCCCCCACUACCCCAGAUUAUCGCGGACGAUCCCAGGCUAUCCCACACUAUUCCAGACAGUCAACUUUUCAGCUCCUUUCUGGCUUGGUAGGUUCUCUAACUAGAUUAAUAGGGCCCGGGCUCCCCACCAAACACUUUCCCACUCUUCCUAAUGAUAAUGCCUGCCAGACUAGAAGUGACCUUUUGCCAAGACCAUCAUCUAUCCAGCUGGGGAAACCCAAGCUUGGUUUCCUAAGCAGGGAAAAGGUUUGUGGCUUUUCUAGGGUAAAGGGGGGCAGUGCUGCUUCAGGGAACUCACAGCUCCAGUCCCGUGUUAGGGGCCUAAAUAGGGGAGAAUGGGCAGUUUCUCCUCCCUGGACUUUUGAGCUAUGGGCCCUCCUUGAUUGUGCUCAGAGAUGCCUGCUGCUUGACACCCAUUAUGGUUGAAAACAUGUUUGUAGUUAAUCCUCAAGUCAACAGGCUGGUGCACAUCUGGGUCGGCCCUUCCCUGUCCCAGUACAGCCUGCUAAGGUGGAAAGUGCGAGAGAGGAGUUUUCACACCUGGUUCGAGUGCCACGUCAGUGCUAACCAGCUAAUAACCUCCUGGCAAGUCACCAUCCCUCUCCAAGCCCUCAUUCCGGGUCCGAUGGCUCUGACCGCGGAGCACCCGUCUCCAGAGAGGCAGAGGUACUCCCAACCCUGCUCUCCAGACUGGUGUCAGCCAGACGUCUGAGGCAGGCAGAAACACAGCGAAAGGUGAGAGAUGAGUAAAAGGCUUUAGUUUCUAUUUUAUCACCCAUCUGAAUCCUCCUCUGAGGAUAAUUCUAAGAGGAACCUCCAGGAAGCUUGGCAGCCCCUCACUACCACUGACUCUAAUUUCAGUUCUCCCUUGCCUUGGGCAAACCACCCCUCAAGCUUUCACGACACUGGUGGGUAACUUGGCGGGCUAGACAAUUAGAAACCUCUCUGAAAAGACUGUGGAAGCCAUGGAUCCUUUCCCUCUCAAAAACUGGACAAAAUACAAAAUUUUGCACAUAAUCUCGGGAUCUCCUGUCGCGUCUGUCGACCCGACCUGGAACUGAAAAAUGCAGAGGUGGGUUUGGGAGUGAGCGAAAAAAGCGAGAGGGAAACGUACAGCAACACUCCGGGACCUGUUUCCCUUCCCCAGCUCACAUUCCUCAGCCCCGUUCCCGCUCCCGCCGCCUCCGCUGCCGGCGGAGGCCCUAGUCUCCCGCUCCAACUAUUCCAACCAUCCUGGGAAGGGUGGGGCGCUCGGCUCUUGGGUCCCCCUGGGUUGCCCCCCCUUCCCCAGCGUCGGUCUCCCCUUCUGCCCCGGUCCCUCCUUUUCUGGGGUCGGGCCAGCCAAUGGGCGAUGAGACUCCGGGGUUUGGUCUGGGAGCCGGGGAACUCACCGAUCCCCCGCCCCACAGUUCUGGCCACCGUCCCGGUGCGCACGGACGUGGCUCGAGUUUCCUCCGCUAUCCACUCUCUCCCCUCCUGCUCUUCCUCUUCUCCGGGUCUCCUGUUCCAGCUCCAGCCGGCAGGACCCGCACGGCUCCGGGCAGCCAUGGAGGACACCCAGCUCCACAUCAUCGAGCAGCCGCUUCCCGGGUACUCUGACGCCGGGGACCAGGGGUCCUCCUCCAUGGGGGCUCCGGCGGCCGCGGCGGCCGAGGAGCCGUCGGGGGCCGGCUCUGAGGAGCUGAUCAAAUCGGACCAGGUGAACGGCGUGCUGGUACUGAGCCUUCUGGACAAAAUCAUCGGCGCCGUCGACCAGAUCCAGCUGACCCAAGCCCAGCUGGAAGAGCGGCAGGCGGAGAUGGAGGGCGCCGUGCAGAGCAUCCAGGGCGAGCUGAGCAAGCUGGGCAAGGCACACGCCACCACCAGCAACACGGUGAGCAAGUUGCUGGAGAAGGUGCGCAAGGUCAGCGUCAACGUGAAGACCGUGCGCGGCAGCCUGGAACUCCAGGCAGGCCAGAUCAAGAAGCUGGAGGUCAACGAGGCCGAGCUGCUGCGGCGCCGAAACUUUAAAGUCAUGAUCUACCAGGAUGAAGUGAAACUGCCGGCCAAAGUGAGCGUCGGCAAGUCGCUGAAAGAGUCGGAGGCGCUGCCGGAGAAGGAGGGUGACGAGUUGGCCGAGGGCGAGAGGCCCGAGGAGGACGCGGCGGCGCUCGAGCUGUCGUCGGAUGAGGCGGUGGAGGUGGAGGAGGUGAUCGAGGAGUCGCGCGCCGAGCGCAUCAAGCGCAGCGGCCUGCGGCGUGUGGACGACUUCAAGAAGGCUUUCUCUAAGGAGAAGAUGGAGAAGACCAAGGUGCGCACCCGCGAGAACCUGGAGAAGACCCGCCUCAAGACCAAGGAGAACCUGGAGAAGACGCGGCACACCCUGGAGAAGCGUAUGAACAAGCUGGGGACGCGCCUGGUCCCGGCCGAGCGGCGGGAAAAGCUCAAGACCUCGCGAGACAAGCUGCGCAAGUCCUUCACGCCCGACCACGUGGUCUACGCGCGCUCCAAGACCGCGGUCUACAAGGUGCCGCCCUUCACCUUCCACGUCAAGAAGAUCCGCGAGGGCGAGGUGGAGGUGCUGAAAGCCACGGAAAUGGUGGAAGUGGGCGCCGACGAGGAGGAGGGCGGCGCGGAGCGCGGCGAGGGGGCCGAUCUGCUGCGCGGGAGCAGCACCGACGUGCACACGCUGCUGGAGAUCACCGAGGAGUCGGACGCCGUUCUGGUGGACAAGAGCGACAGCGACUGAGCGGGGGCGCUGGGAGGCCGCGCCGCCCCGCCUCUCCCCCCACCCCCGCCCUGAUUCCUUUCCCUCCCUCAACUUUCCCCUGCGCAUUUUCUCUCAGCCCUCCGAGGGCGGAGUUGUUUCUAAAUUGAGAAUACCUUCCCUCCAGGAGCACCCCUCUGAGUCUUACAGCUGUUAAGACGGGAGGGGGAGGCAGCCUGCACCGUGGACAGCCCCAGUUUAGGCAUAGGCUGGAUGGAAAUGCAGAGGGCUGUGAUUCAUGGCCUGGAGGAGAUCCUGGAGGAGGUUGCCGUCGUUCCAAGAUUGGGCCCCCUUGGGGCAGGCUGCUUUCCGCCCUACCUCCCCCUCACACUCACACCCAGCUGCUGUCAUUCCUGCUCACUGAACUUUUCUUUCUUAUCCUGAUUCCUGGAGGCUUCAAAGCCAAAAUUAUCAUGAAAGGGAAGGGUGAAUCCUGAAGAGGUCCCCUGCCCACGUGGAAAACCCCAUACUGUAAGGAUUUGAAAGCAGCCUUGGGGAGAAUCUGGAGCAGUGAGGGAGAGAGGGCAGAGUGAGCCUCCGUAACCCUGGAUGAGGGUCUAGCACAGGCUGUAUCUGCAAAAGGUCCUAAUAAGGAAGGCUGGAGCCAGGCAGAGCCCUUGGGAAGGGGUCGGGGCGGGGGUGAGGGGGGCACCUGCCUGUUGAUGCAUCUGCACACGGGAACUCAUGGCUGUGGCUUUGAGCAGAACGGGAGCUAGAAGGUGGGAAUGAGUGAAAAGAGAAUGCUCGUUAGCAGCAUGAGAAAUACAGGGCAAGAAUCCCAUCUUCCUGGGGUUCUCAGAGGACAGCAGGACCAUUUUCAGGGUAAGGAAGGACAAUGUGAGAAAUUCAUGAUCUAAAGAAGAGAGAGGUAAGCUUCACUCUGUGCCUCUGCAGGGAUCUGAAUGGUGCUCCUAGGGGAGCCCAUUUCUCAAAGCCCAGAAAAUUAAGGUCCCAGAAGGGGGCAGCACUAGGCUGCUGUAAGUUAGGAGGUUUAGCAGAUGGGGGGAAAAAGAGCAAGGUGCUGUGGGCCAGGCCACCAAGCUGAGAGCUGGAGGGGAGGGGAGGAGAACACAGAAUUCCUGUGUGUAGAGCAGCCCAGCCUUGGCUCACUCCUGGCUGUUUCUUCUCAAGGUCCUGCCCUAGAGCUAGUGUCAUAAAGCUGCAGAACUUGCCAAGACCUUGGCAUUGUGGGUUCCUCUUCUGAGUCUUUGGGGGUGAGAGGGGUGCUGUUUCUAGUCCAAAGGCCUGAUUUCUGACCAGGUUCUCCUUUGGACACUUCAGUCCCCCUGUUCCUCCCCAGUAAAGGCUACCUGUCAGUAGCAAGGACAGCCCCCCACCCCCACCCCCGCCAAAGAGGAGGGCCGAAGGCUCCCUUCUUCUCCCCCACCUCCUCUGCCUUUUCGUCCCUGCUCUGCAUUUUAGAAUUGCAGCUAAUUGUUUUAAGGGGUGGAGGGAGGGAGCCUGGGGACACAUCUUUUUUACAAUACAAAGCUUUGCUCUUUUUUUUUCUUUCCCUCUUCUUGGUUCCCUUCCCUCUUCUGAAAGGUUAGAAACACGUCAGCUGGAGGGAGGAUGGGGAUUGUGGGACUAGGUCCCUUGGUGCUGAUGGGCUGAAGGGACCUGAGUUGUGGGCAGAUAACAGUUUCCUGUGGGCUCUGGGGAGCCUCUCAUGUUGCUGUGUCCUGGUGAGCAGCCCGACCAAUAAACCCGCUUUUCUAAAAGGA